GAAUUUUUUUUAAGCUUUUGGUUUUGUAGGGUAUAUAAGGGAAAGAACACAGGAAUCAAAAUAGGCAAAGUGAACCACCAGCUAUGGGAAAGAUCAUCUUUUAUGAGGACAGGAAUUUUGGUGGGCGCUUCUAUGAGUGCAGCACUGAUAGCUCGGACUUGAUAUCCUUUUUUAACCGCUGUAGUUCAAUUCGUGUUGAACAUGGAAACUGGAUGAUCUAUGAAUUCCCCAACUUUGGAGGGUGCCAGUAUUUUCUAAAAAGAGGGGAGUAUCCCGAUUUUAACCAGUCAAUGGGAUUUGGCGACUCCAUCCGUUCUUGCAGGAUAAUUCCACAGCAUGGACAUGACUCAUGCAGAAUUAAAGUUUAUGAGAGAGAAGAUUUUAAAGGUCAGAUGAUGGAGUUCACUGAAGAUUGCCCCCAAGUUUAUGAAACAUUUCGGUACCACAAUAUCAGUUCUUGCAAUGUGGUUGAAGGGCAUUGGAUCUUCUAUGAUGAACCCAAUUACAAGGGACGUCAUUACUACCUCCGUCCUGGGGAGUACAAAAGAUAUAGUGACUGGGGAGCUGUAAGCAGCAGGGUUGGUUCAUUAAGAAGAGCAUCUGAUUUUAAUUGAUUCUAAAAAAUAAAAUAAAAGAUUGUUCAUCUUAA